AAUCUUCAAAGCACACCAAAAGUACUGACUAAGACACACACAGCACUUACCAUUCUAUCCACUCCUCAGGAUCGAAGGAAUCGUCGUCGAUUUCUUCGUGAACACUUUCUGAUUCCUCCGACAUCAUGCAAAGAUAUCCUUGGAGAUUAUACGUUCAAAUUACACAAUUGGGAAAAUACUUUGAGUGGUUAAAAAUAUCAACAACACAAUGACGCCAAACCAUGAAGAUGACUUGCAACCAUGCACAAAAAAAAAACAUAUUGCAUGUAAAAAUCUUGUCAUAUGAUUAAUAAAUUAUCAUAGUAAUAAUAAUUUAUUAAUCAUUGAUUUUUAUAGGGCUACCAUUACUCACCGCAAGCACUAACAUUCAACAUCUUGGUGAGCAACAAAAAAGAGAAAUAAAUGGAAUGGUGAAACAAACGGUUGCCUGGACGAACUGCCCGCCGGUGUUAACUACGGAAGGCGGAGAAGUAGAGCUGUGCUGUACCAACUCUCUGGCCAUUACAAACAAGACAAACCCAAACACACGAAGCUCAAACUAAACAAUACUCUACCUGAGUACAAGACUGCCGCCCUCAAGAAAUCCUGCCUCAUCCUCUCCCAUUAUGGUGUCUUCAAGACCUGCUGGGACUGGCUAAUUCUUAUUGCCACCUUCUAUGUUGCAAUCGUCGUGCCCUAUAAUGCUUCCUUUGUGUCUUCUGACCGACCGUCCAUGGUCAGCGAUGUAGUAGUAGAAUCUCUGUUCAUAAUGGAUAUAAUCCUCAACUUCCGCACGACGUUCGUGAGCAAAAAGGGCGAAGUAGUGUCCAAAAGCAGCUCGAUCGCCCUCAACUACCUCAAGGGAUGGUUUGUCGUGGACCUUUUAGCUGCCAUUCCCUUUGACCUCCUCUACGCUUUCGACGUGUACUCUGGCGAGGAAACGGGGCAUGGCCAAAUCCAUCUUCUCAAGCUCACGAGGCUCCUAAGAUUAGCAAGGAUUCUCCAAAAGAUGGAUCGAUACGCACAGUAUUCAGCCAUGAUCCUUACUUUACUCAUGCUAUCGUUCACUCUUUUGGCACACUGGCUUGCUUGCAUAUGGUUCGUCAUUGCAGAGAAAGAGCGUGCAAGGCAUGCAGAGGAUUGGGAUUUGGGUUGGAUCCAUGCUCUUGCUGAAAGACUCAAAGUAGACAUAGACAAUGUCUCUCGGUCAGAAAGUUACAUUACAGCUCUGUACUUUACUUGUUCUUCAUUGACAAGUGUUGGAUUUGGAAAUGUUUCAGCUAACACAAGUCCUGAAAAAAUAUUUAGCAUUCUAACUAUGCUCAUUGGAGCAUUGAUGCAUGCAGUGGUAUUUGGGAAUGUCACAGCAAUAAUACAACGAAUGUAUUUACGUCGAUCACUGUAUCAGACGAAAUGGAGAGAUCUAAAAGAUUUUUUAACUCUUCACCAGAUCCCUAAAGUUUUGAAGCAAAGGAUGCAAGACUAUUUUCAAACUAUGUGGUCACUUAACCAUGGAAUAGAUAUAAAUCAGACGUUAAGAGAGUUCCCUGAAGAACUGAGAGGGGAUGUCUCUAUGCACUUACAUCGGGAGAUCUUACAGCUUCCUAUAUUUGAAUCUGCUUCCCAAGGCUGUUUGAAAUUAUUGUCUCUGCAUAUUAGAUCUAACUUUUGUGCACCUGGUGAAUAUUUAAUUCAUAAAGGAGAUGCUCUUGCUUCAUUUUAUUAUUUGUGCAAUGGUUCGAUGGAAGUAGUGAAAUACGACAUGGUUGUGGCUAUACUGGGGAAAGGUGAUCUCGUUGGAUGUGACAUAUCUCAGCAUUUAAGUGGAGCCAACAAUGGGCUAGGAGAAGUGGUAGUGAAAUCGAGCUCUGAUGUGAAGGCCCUUACUUACUGCGAUUUAAAGUGUAUUAACAUUCAAGGGCUUAUUGAAGUUUUAAGGCUUUACCCGGAAUAUCAGCAAGAGUUUGCCAGGGAUAUUCAACAUGACUUAACAUAUAAUCUAAGAGAGGGUUAUGAAGCCGAGGAAUCUGAUAUGAAUGGCUUACCAUCUCUAACACUUCCUUCAAUCUCAGAAGAUGAUGAGAAUGCUGCUGAUGAUGGAGAAGAUUCACCACUAUCCCCACCAAAUAGGUCACCAUUGGAUGCAGUUUCUCCCCGGCAUGGAAGACUUAGGCAAGUGAGGAAUGCUCUUCAUGCUCUUCAGGAAUUGAGGUAUCCUUAUCCAUUGCCAGCUCACUCUAAUCCUAACUUGCCUUCGGCUCAUGGUGGGAUAUCUACUGAGAUUCUCAGAUCUUCAUCUCAACCACCCGAGACAUUCAGAGGAGGUGUCGAUUGGGGUAGAGCAGAAGCAGCCACUCAGACAGAUUCUACGCUUGAAGUUAUAAGAUGUAGAAUGUUUGUGGCUUCUCAUCCUGAAACAGUCCUUAGAUGGCUUGGUUUGGAUCCUAGUGAGCUACCUCUCUUGCCGGUCGAGGAAGGCCCCCAAGAAGAUGAGGAAGGCGCAGAAUAUGAAGAAACCAGAUGGCCUGAUAUUUGCAAUCCAUCAAAUUUCUUCUCUAGGGCCCAUUCAGUUGAUAGUGGUGAUACUCGCCCCUUUAGGAGAUCAGUCUCUUCAAAAUCCUUGAAACUUUCACCAAGCUGAAUUUGCUACUUUCAGAUUGACCAGUUUGACAAACAAAGAAGGGAAUGAAGACUCAAGAAUCCGAGGUAUAUAUAAGUUGAUAGAUAUAUGCGUUGACCAAAGGAAUGGAUGGACCUAAGUACCUGUAGAAAAGAAAGUGAAAUGAAAUGUAUAAUAUGAAAUAGGUUAUUUUAUAUUUCAAAUCUUUGUAUAAAAAAAAAAAGGAAAGAAGAAAUCUUAUGAAUUUCUUUAUUUUAAUUUAUGUCAAUUAUUAAAAAUUGUUAAAGGCUAUAUUGUUAAUUUAUCUGGAUAUUAUAUAUUGUAAAUAAGCAUUUAAUAAAGUAGUAAAGGAUCUUAAUAGGUACUAAUUGAUUUUUUAAAAUGUUUACUGAUAUAUUUUACAAAAUUAUAAAUAUUUUAUUUUCAUGUCCUAUUGAUAAUUAUGAAAUAUGUUUUAAUAUAUUUUAUUUGUUGGCUGUAUAAUGAGGCGAUUUUAGUAGCUAUUUUUCAUUCUAAAAACCAUCAAAAGAAUAAAAUAAGAAAUGAGGAUUCUGCUAAUCAGCUAUUACCUUACAUUCUAAUAAUGAAGUUUUUAGUUUAAUCUUUUUUUUAACAAUCAUCGAGUUUUUUAAUGAAACCAAAUAUAUUAAAAUACUUGUGCUAUGGAUGGUUCACCAAUUGAAACAAAUUUUUAUUUUGUUCAACCAGCUUUGUAGAUUUUUACCAGUCAAUGUUAUAGUGGAGGAGAUCAUUUAACUUUAAAUUGCUAUUAUGCCAUGAUUUUUAUGGCACAGCAGCAGUUCGCCCCGACACUUAACAUUUAGCUUUGACGCUGCCCGUCAUAUGUAGCAAAUGAAGUUUUAUUAGCAUUGUUCUUUCUACUUUAUUACAUAUGUAUCCCAUCCCAGGCUAGAUUCAAGGACGACAAUGUUAGCUGAUGGGAUUUGACUUUAUUGCUGUCAUUGAGAAUCAUCUCAACAAUCUAAGGUAUCUCCUCUAAGGGCAAAUUGUAAAAAUAUCUCCACUUUGAUUUAAUUAUUUAACCAAUAUUUAUAAACUAAAUCUGUGUGAAGCUUUGUUCAUGAUAUUGUUUCAUGUUUUGAGUCGGGUUGCCCUGACGAGAUACAACUGAGGUAGUUAGCCCCAGAGGGUUUCGUUUUAGUUUCCCUACACCUAGCCUUUAUCGGUGUAGGUUAAUCCAGCCGUACCACGAGGAGGCACGCAUCCCUGAGAGCUUUAGAUGGAAAGGAAAAGGUGCUCUUAGGGAUGCCGAAACAUCAACGGGAAAGAAGCGCUCCAAAAAGGGUGUUGCGUGGUCUGAGGAGAGAAAACAUAAACACGCGGAGCUCAUGAGGGGCAUAUGGGAGAAGAGGAGGCAGAUGAAGAGGAAGCAUUAACUUCAUGGUAUUCGCGUGAUCUUUAAGGCCUGUUCGUGAAAAAAAAAAAAACUAAAUCUGUAUAUUCAUAAAAUUAAUGUUCUGUAUUCUCUUACAACACUGAGACACAUAACCUGUUCCUGUAAGUUGGGUAUCUGACACUUUAAUGGGCUGGAGAAUAUUUCAUUUACAUAAUUGCAAUAUUAGCUUUGAAAUAAAUUAUUAAAAUGGAUCAAAUGGUUUUAAAUUUUGUUUGAAUGUGUGAAUCACCAAACAAAACAUGGCACAAAAUUUGUUUUCUUAAUUAUUUAAUCCAAAUAUUUUCAUUAAUAUGAUUUUUUAAUCAUAAUAUCAUAUAUAAUUGCAGCUAUCAAAAUCUAGUUCUAACAAUUAUUUAUAUUACCUUAAUAUAAAGUCAAGCUGAGUAGACUUAACAAUCUCUCUAGAAAAUUCCAGUAAAUAUUCUAUUCUUAAUUAUGUACAUAAUAACUUCUGCUUCAUUAUUCCAUUACUUACAUCAUUAAAAGACAAUUGAGAAUAAAAUCAAUCCACUUCUGUAAAAGUAUUGUUUAAAAAGAAUAUUUAGGAGGUUUGUCUUGUAAAUAAGUCAAAUUUUAUUUAAAAUGUUAAUUUAUAACUCCUAUUUGAAAGGGAAAAAUUGGAUUUUUGAAAUAAACUGAAGAUUUUUGUAUAUAGAAUUUCAAUUAGCUAAAUCAACAGUAUUUAUUUGAAUUGGAUAAAUCAAUUUUUGAAAGAAUGCUCCUCAAUUACUUAUCAAUGUGUGUAUGCAUGUACAGAAUCCAAUGAACUGAAAUUAUACAUAUUUCCAGACAUAUCAGUUAUUUCUUUUUUGGAACGAUUAAUAUGGUAUAUUAUUAAUUUAGCAAAGACAAUUAUAUCUAUAGCAUUCAAUUGUUUCAUUGGUAUCUGCUAACUAAAGGAAACAAAGUUGUUGUUUUUUUAUAGAACUCAUUAAUUGGCAAAUGAGAAGUCCAAUAGAAAAAUGAUUUUAGUCCAUUUUUUGUGAAAAUCCAAAUGGCAGUGCCAUCUUGUGAGGAAUGAGAAUUACUAUUACACUAUGAGAUCAUUUCUACUCAUAAUGAUCUCAAUCACAGUAAAAAAAAAUAGAAGAAAAUAUAUUCAGACGAGUUUUUAGUACACUCAUGCCUUAGGAAGAAAUUUUUAUAUCCUUUUUACCAUAAUUAUUUGAUUGAAUCUUGCACAACUCUCCUUAUUAUUGCAAUCCCAUUAAAUUUAUGAAAAUUAUAGAAGAAUUUAGUUUCAUUUCUUUCCCUAAAAUGGAUCUGUUAAUUUUUGUAGAUAAUAACGAUUGUGUACUAAGAUUUUUGGAUAUUUUCAAUUUUUUCACAUCCUAAUUUUUCUUUCCAUAAACUUUUUUUUGUGAUCAAAAUGAUUGCUAGUAGUAUAAGUGUUUAAAAGAUAAUUUUCAUAACCAUAAAAUUGUGAAAAUUUAUUAUGUAAUCAAAAGUGAAAUGUUAAUUUAAAUUUUAUCCAUGUAAAUAUUUUGUGACUAAAAUCUUCCUUCUCAUAGACUCUUCAGAUAUGAAUGACAACUUUGUAAUUAUCUUAACACACUGUAUGUGAGCUAGAGUUUAUUCAACCUUAGUCAAUAUUUUUCAAAUUAUAAUUGCUGAUGUAGUGUAUACACACCAUAAAGCUUAACUUUAAAUGGUCAUAUAUUUUAUGAAAUAAGCCUUAAAAUUUGUGUUAGCGUAGUAGCUUCAAUACUUACAUUAAAGAAGCAUAUUCACACUAUAUGCACCUGUCUUUUAUACCAUAUCUUUGAGUGCAUGAAGCAUUUUUAAAAACCAAAUUUUUCAAAAUGAAAAUGGAUUAAAGUUUUAAUUUCUUGAGUUUAUUGAUUCAAAGCCACUCCUUGAACAAGGGCUCAAGAGAAACCUUCUUGGGCCUUUAGGGAAAGGUUUAUUGCUAACAGAAGUUUUUUAAAUAAAAAAUAAUAUUGUUAAAAUUAUUUCUUACAAGGCUUAAAUUUGUUUGUGCAUGAGAUGUAAUUUAAUUUUUAAAUACUUAACUUUCUAAUUUUCCCUUUACAAUUACCAGCGUCCCGGGAGAAUAAAAUACAUUAUUUUGUUGUUUUAUUUAUUUUUUUCAUUGAUGUUUUGACAUACCGUACAAAGAAGGUUUAUUUUAAUGAAAACAACAUGAUACUUUUUAAAUAAGAGAUGUAUAGAAAGCUUUUCAUAAAGAAAAGGCUACAAAAAUUAUACCCUGAAAAGAUUUGCAUACAGUGUGUUAGUAGCAUACUCUAAACAUGUUUAAUAGGAAGUAUAAACAGUGUCAGAAAUAUCUUAUUUGGUUUUUUUUUUUUUUUUUAUAAAUAUAUAAUGUAAUAUAUAUAUUUAUAAAAAAAUUGUAAAAAGAAUAAAUAAAAAUUGCAAUACUCUAAGACUAUUUUCUACUUUUUAAAUCAAUACAUAUUCUCAGCUAAUAGAUAAGUAACAUUAUUUUCCAGCAGUUAUGUAUAUGUUGUAAAUAGUUAUUAUAAUUAGACAAUAUUGUGAUCUUCCAAAUAAAGAUGUUUGCCCACUAUUGUGAUGAUGUACCAUAAAAAAUAUUUCCAUAAAUAUUUUUAUUUAAUGUAAAUUGAAAUUGAUUAAAAAUCUUGCAUGGGCAUCUUAAAAACAAAAUAUAUUAUAAUCCUUGAUAUAAAAAAUAUAUAUAUAUAUUAGAUAAUACGCAAUGAAGUUGGUCUGUAAAUAUGUGCAAAUAUCACCUCCAUUGUUUUUACUUUUCAUUACAUGUAUUACGCUUAUUUUCAUCUAAAAAAUGAAACAAUCUAGUCUUUUUCUAAUGUAUAUUUACUUUUAUAUAAAUAUUUUUUAGCAAAAAAAAAUUAAUUUUAAACAGGAAAAUUAUUGUGCCAAAUGUUAUUUAUUGUUUAUGUUUGUUAGGGCUUUAUGUUUCAUUCAAGUAAAAAAUUUUAACACUGUGUUAUAUAUAAAAUUUGAUAAAUCUAGUUUUUUUCUUAUUUCGAGAUAUUGACUAUAGUUUAAUGACUGUUAGAUAUAUAUUUAAUUUUUUUUUAGUUGAAUUAAAUAAUUCAAAUAAUUAUUGGAUUAUUGAAUUUGUAUAUGUUCAAAUACUAAAUGAAGUAUUUUAUAAUAUUUUUCUACUAAAUCAUAUAUAAAUCUAAGCUGAUAUAAAAUCAUUCCUAUUUGUAUGUUUAGGAAAAUUACUUGUUAUAUCUUCUCUAUCACACCGAAAAUUUAACAUGCACUAUUUUCAUAAAAACACCUAACUAAUUAUUUAAGUUGUUAUGUUUACAAAAUGUUACAAGAAACUUGAAAAAUGAAUUACAAAUUUAAAUGGCUUUAUUAUUUUGCUUCCCUGUGCCUUAAUCUUUACUGAUUAUAAUUCUCAAUUAAAGAAUAGUAAUAAUCAUUUAUCUUCUCCAUUUUGAUUAGUUUUAUUUAAACUGAUAUUAUAAGAAGCUGUAGGAUUUUCCAUUGGUAAGAAAACCGUCUUCUCAUCACCGUAUUUUAUUAUGUUAUUUUUAAAUGAACUCUUAAUAAUCGGCUUCAAAAGUUCUCGUGAAAGUGGUAUAGGCAUUGUCACAAUUUCAGAUGAUCCUAGAAUUGGAGAUUUUGAUGUCUUAGGAACAUAGACCCUUACAACCUCUUCUAAAAUUUCUCUGUCCAAAUGUUCAAUAUUUGAAGGCAUUCUUAAAUCUACCUCAAUAUUAUCUUUUUUUGGAUUUAAACUGAGUUUGUUCCUACUUUUUGAAUUCGUAGAUGACAAGGACUUUAAUUUUGCCAGCUCAGUUAUAUCAUGCUCUAGCUGCUGAAAAGCUUUUUCCAGAUUGGUUAUUUUUUGUUUAAUCCUUUGACCAGUUUUGAGAUUUACAUAUUCUUCAAUCUUGUCAGAUGUAAACUGACUUUCUGAGUCGCCAUUAUACAAAUUUUGAGCGCCAUUAUAAAAACGCUUUUCUCUUAUAUGAUCCUCUUCAUUUUCAUAACCAACUUUAUUUUCAAAAAAUGGUUCAUUAAAAUAGUUACCUCGUAACUGGCUAUACUCCCAAGGACAAAAUAUCUCUUUGUAAAGGUACAAAUCUUUCUUUAAGGGAGAAGAUUCAUCAAAUUCAUAUGUGUUCUCUACCAGUCCUGAAAGAUUAAUACCAUUCAAUUUGAAUCUCUUGUGUCUUCCCCUCUUCUUCUUAUGAGGUUGACAGACCGAACGUUUGGAUAAAAUAUCAUGAACAUGUUUUCCCUCAUUGGUACUGUUGCUGGUAACAAUAUUUCCAGUAAGACAAUCUUGAGCGGAUGGAAAUGUUUUUGUUAUGUUAAGUAGUUUUUUUUCUUCAAAGGUAGGAAUUUUUUCAUUGAUUAUUGAAGGGAGGAAUCUGAAACUGUGAGAAAAA